AUGGCUAUUCACAAAAUUCUUAGGCGGUCUUUAUCGUCUGAAAAGAGAUCAAAUGAAGUUCCAAAGGGGCAUUUUGCUGUGUAUGUUGGAGAAAGUGAAAAGAAGCGCUUUGUUAUUCCACUAUCGUAUUUGAACAAUCCAUCAUUUCAAGAAUUAUUGAGCCAAGCUGAAGAAGAAUUUGGAUUCCAUCAUCCGAUGGGUGGACUCACAAUUCCUUGCAGUGAGGAGUUAUUCAUUGAUCUCACAUCUCAUAUGAGAAGAGAAUAGUAUAUAUACGCAAUAGAAUUUUCGUUAGCUAGUUCCCUCUCAUUUUUUCUUUUUUUCUUUUUGUAUAGACAGAAUAUACUAAUUUGUCGGAUACAAAAUGUAGUCCCGAACAAAUUACCAAUCAAUUUUUUUGAGUACUCUGAGCCAUGUUAAACUGAUUUUUCUCAACAAAAAUAAGUUA